AUGGUUAAAUCUCAGAGCGUUCCAUUGCAGUCUGUUCACGGCGUCCUGGUUUCUAUCACAUUGAGCCAGCCCUUGCUGGUCCCCGUGAAGAUGUACUUUGCGUCCGGCGUGAAAUUGACCGUCAAUGUAGACUGUCUUGGUGGAUUCUCGACUCCAUAUGGACUGGUAGCCAACUGUGUGAUUUUGGGCUCGUUCUCCACGUCCACAAAAACAGGGUCGUUAUCGACCAAUGCGGCCACAAACUGGAACUUGUUUGCGGGAUUCAUCACGCUGCACCAAACGGGACAUUCGAAAUUGCAGCUUCGAAUAACUUUGCAGCUCGAAAGGUCCCAUAAGUUCACUUUCCAGUCUCUUGACGACGACAGCAGGUAG